CGCUGAGCAGUAGUCUGGAUUUUUAACAUGGAUCUGGAAGCUGUCACGGCUGCUAUACUAUCUGAUUGGGAGAUCCUUGAGAGUGCCUCUGGAGAAAAUCCGGAGUCCGUCUGUCCGGAGUCCCCCCUGGAUUCUUCGCUGUGUUCCUCGCCGGAGAUUUACUUCCCCAUCUCCAAACAGGAGAAUAAGGAUUUAUCCUUUGGCUGCGCCGAACGCAAAGAGACUCCGCCGGGGCAAAGGCAGAGCAAAACAAAGAUGUCCGUGAAAAGGCGCAUGAAGGCCAGCGAGAGGGAGAAGAUGCGGAUGAGAAGCUUGGCAGAGGCUCUGCACCAGCUCCGCGACUUCCUUCCGCCGGAUUACAGCAAGAGAGGCCAGCCCUUGACCAAGAUCCAGACGCUUAAAUACACCAUCGAGUACAUCAACAAGCUCUCUGACAUCCUGAGCCGUGCGUAAUGGAGGCAUCGUGGAGCGCUUUUACGCAACAUGCCAUCUCUCAUCUGGACCCCUUUUUGAACUUAGAUGUUUCAUUUUUCAUCAUAAUAACUUUGAAUUCUCUCUUACUUGUCAGUCUUUUGGGGUUUUUGUUUUCUUUAAUGUAAAUAUUGUUUGGGCACUUGGAAAGUAUCAUACACAUACUUGGGAAGUAUGUAUAUGAGGCUGCCCCUUUUCUGGAAUUGUGAAUUCAGUUUUUAGUAUACAGUAUAGGCUAUUUAGUUGUUACUAGAAUAGAAUGAACUUAGCCAAACUAUUUGCUAUGAUUAUGUUUUGCUGAACCGACAUAAGAGAGAACAUAUCUUUCCAAUUAUUUGAAUCCCUUAAUUGUGUUUGGUUCUAAUGUUUUCACGUUUUUUGUUUGCAAAGCCAUUAGUUUGUGAUUGUGUGAAUAGCAAGGUAUUUGGUUCAAUGUAUUUGAGUCACACAACAAUUUUUAACAAUAGCUGUUGUG